AUGGCGGCGACGCAGCCGUCGGCGGACGUGGAGGGCGCGCUCCUCGCCCACCUCAACGCCAACGGCGAGAUACCCGACUCCCGCUCCUUCGCCUCCUCCCUCGGCGUCCCGCACAAGGACGUCGAGGACGUCAUCAAGAGGCUACGCGCCUUCCACAUCAUCGAGAGCACGGACAUCACCAGGGAGGCGUGGGUGCUCACCGACGAGGCCAAGGGCUACGCCGCCGGGGGCUCCCCCGAGGUGCACCUCGUCGCGGCCAUCCCGCCCGAGGGUGCCUCCAGGGCCGCGCUCGAGGAGGAAUUCGGGGACGUCUUCGAUAUUGCACGGAAGGCUGCCGCCAAGAACAAGUGGAUUAGAUUUGAGAACGACCUCGUGCUGAGAACGGUUGAGGAUGCCAGGGAUGAGUUGCAAGAGCUGCUUAAAAGAGUGGAGAAUGGGGAGGUUGUUCCUGAUCCAAGAAAGGAGUUGGAGAGAAGAAAGCUUGUAACAAAAGAAAAAACUAUUUGGUAUUCACUGAAGAAGGGACCUGAAUUUGUUGUAAAGAGAAAAACAUUGGCUACCAAUGUGACACGAGAACAUCUCAAGAGUGGCGACUGGAAGGAUCUGGAAUUUAAAGAUUAUAACUAUGGAGCCCAAGGACAACCUAUUGCGAUAGGAUAUAGUCAACCCUUGUUGGAGGUCCGUGAAGCAAUCCAGAACAUUUUUCUUGAGAUGGGGUUCAGUGAGAUGCCUACAAACAUGUAUGUAGAGAGCAGCUUCUGGAAUUUCGAUGCACUGUUCCAGCCACAACAGCAUCCUGCUCGUGAUUCGCACGAUACAUUUUUCCUCAAAGCCCCUGCUACAACAACACAAUUACCUGAUGACUAUCUUGAGAAAGUGAAUCAAGUCCAUCAAUCUGGUGGUUAUGGUUCCAAAGGAUAUGGUUAUGAUUGGAAGCGAGACGAGGCGGAGAAAAACCUGCUUCGUACUCACACAACUGCAGUUUCCGCAAGGAUGCUAUACAAGCUAGCACAGGAGGAACAUUUUGCUCCUAAGAGAUACUAUUCUAUUGAUCGUGUUUUCCGGAAUGAAGCUGUGGACCGAACUCAUCUUGCAGAAUUCCACCAGAUAGAAGGUCUUAUUUGUGACUAUGGUUUGACGCUUGGUGAUCUGAUAGGUGUACUGGAGGAUUUCUUCUCCAGGCUAGGCAUGUCAAAGCUGCGCUUCAAACCUGCCUACAAUCCAUACACUGAACCAAGCAUGGAGAUUUUCGGCUACCAUGAAGAUCUGAAGAAAUGGGUGGAAAUAGGCAACUCGGGCAUGUUCAGACCUGAAAUGUUACUUCCCAUGGGACUGCCAGAGGGUGUUAAUGUUAUCGCAUGGGGUCUUUCACUUGAAAGGCCAACAAUGAUUCUGCGUGACAUUGACAACAUACGGAAGCUCUUUGGGCCAAAGGUCGACUUCAAAGUGAUCAAGGACUGGCAGAUUUGCCGCGCGGGGAUCAGCUGUAGUGCUGGAUGCGAAUGGUGGUUCUUUGUGGCUGUUAUGCCUUUGAAGACCAGUACUUGUGCAUUUAACAGAGGGAGUGCAGAAACGCACAUAUGUUGUACUCCUAGCUCUGAAUUGCAAUUUUGA